UUGAAAGAUGAGCUGUUCCCGCUGCCACUUCAGCUCCGCUCCGGAGGCUCCUGGGAGGACUGGGGUCCUGGGGCAGCCUCGCUGGACCAGGGAGCCACGGAGGCGCCGUCGAUUAUGCUCCAGACAAGGGAGGCCCUCACUCACCUCCCCCUCUGAGUCCCAAUGUUCUCGGCCUGGAGGAGACCAAUGUUCCCAUCCAUCCAUGAGGACACCGUGCCUACCACUGCCUCCUUCGGCGCCGAAAUGUUCAACCUCACCUCCCAGGUCCUUGAACCUGCUCUCAAUGGGACCCUGCCUGAGAGCAGCAGCUGCUUCCAGUCCGAUUUGUGGAACUGGCUCAACACCAUCCAGCCCCCCUUCCUCUGGAUCCUCUUCCUGCUCGCUGUCCUGGAGAACACCUUUGUCCUCAGCGUCUUCUGCCUGCACAAGAGCAGCUGCACAGUGGCGGAGAUCUACCUGGGCAACCUGGCCGUGGCAGACCUGAUCCUGGCCUGCGGGCUGCCCUUCUGGGCCAUCACCAUCGCCAACAACUUCGACUGGCUCUUCGGGGAAGCCCUCUGCCGCGUGGUGAACACCAUGCUCUACAUGAACCUCUACAGCAGCAUCUGCUUCCUCAUGCUGGUGAGCAUUGACCGCUACCUGGCCCUGGUGAAGACCAUGUCCAUGGGCCGGAUGCGCGGGGUGCGCUGGGCCAAGCUCUACAGCCUGGUGAUCUGGGGCUGCGCGCUGCUUCUGAGCUCACCCAUGCUGGCCUUCCGCACCAUGCAGGAGUACAACGCCGAGGGCCACAACGUCACUGCCUGCAUCAUCAUCUACCCAUCCCAGAGCUGGGAGGUCUUCACCAACAUCCUCCUGAACUCGGUGGGCUUCCUGCUGCCCCUGAGCGUCAUCACCUUCUGCACCGUGCAGAUCAUGCAGGUGCUGCGUAACAACGAGAUGCAGAAGUUCAAGGAGAUCCAGACGGAGAGGAAGGCCACGCUGCUGGUCCUGGCCGUCCUGCUGCUGUUCGUGGUCUGCUGGUUGCCCUUCCAGAUCAGCACCUUCCUGGACACACUGCUGCGCCUCCACGUCCUCUCGGGCUGCUGGGACGAGUACGUGAUCGACAUCUUCACACAGAUCGCGUCCUUUGUGGCUUACAGCAACAGCUGCCUCAACCCGCUGGUGUACGUGAUCGUGGGCAAGCGCUUCCGCAAGAAGUCGCAGGAGGUGUACGCGCGGCUGUGCCGGCCAGGGGGAUGCGGGUCGGCUGAGCCCAGCCAGACGGAGAACUCCAUGGGCACGCUGCGGACCUCCAUCUCUGUGGAACGCAACAUUCACAAACUGCAGUAGCAGGUGGGGAGCAGCCAGCGAGCAGAUGGCACCUGGGGCUACCGAUGCAUGUGAUGAAGGAUGGACGGCGGCUCUCAGGACGCGCCCCCAGGAGGAAGGAAGGCAUCCCAAUUGUGACCUUGGGCAGUGAGUCCGUGUCUCCAGUAAAUUCCUGCCCUGCCCAAGCUUCGGUGAACAGGGCUGCGAGGUUGGAAGGUGCACAGCCAAGGGCCCCAGAAAUACAACAGUAUUACCCUUCUUACUGGCUGCCACCCCUGGGCCAGUCUGUUGCUUCCCGAGGAGCAGAGGAGCCUUGGGACAGGGACAGGAGUGGCCGAGCUCCCCUCCCACGUGGCAUGUCACUCUGCCGGAGCAGGACAGCUCAGAUCUCCAGAAUGCCGCCCAGCUUUGGGGCAGCUGCUGAGAGGGCCUCACGCACUGGCUGACGUGUAGUCUUGGGUUUCUUGAAUCCACUCAGCUGGGACUUUGGAGGAUGAUUCCUCAGGUCAAUGAUAGUUAAACUGAGCGAUCCACAGUGAGAGCCCAGAGACCAGGACUCUCGUUCCCCUUGCAGAAAGACAAGUGGUCUGUGCCAAAGACAAACCUAAUAAGUACUUACCCAGCACUUGCUGUACACGCAGUGUGGACAAGAAAAAAGAAAAUAAUCUGUCCUGAAGGAACUUGCAGACUCGCGAUGAUUCAGCAACCACCUCAAGGCCAUUCUAAACGCGGUCAAGCUAGGCACUGUGGACAGGGCAGGGUGGAGGAGUCAGGCGCCCCAGCUCAGAGGAUAACUGGCUGCACGUGGCCGCGUCCCCGCCUCGGUUUCCUCCCGAUAACACGAGGCUGUUGUGGGGAUUAAAGGAGGUAACAGGCACAGAAGUACUUUGACAAAUGAAAGGUGCUAUGUAAAUAUGAGGCAUUAUUAUGCCCACAGAAUGGGAAUAAAUUUAUUCUAAGGAGAAAGACAAGCUCAGCAAAAGGUCUGUAGAAGAGAAUCGGUAUUGAACCUAAUGGUUGUGGAAAAUAUGCAUUAGUGUCUGACACAUAACUAAGUGCUCUGUAUGUUAAGCUCCCUUCCACCACCUGCCCUUCCCAUCAAUUUGCACGCGUGCACGCGCGCACACACACACACACAUACACACACACACACACAAGCAUUUUCAGGAAAGGUCACCCCUUCCAUGGAGGCGGGAGAACACCCUCCCCAUCCCAUCUCCACCGGAUCAUUUACCUGAAGAAGCAACUGCAGAGGAGCCGCGGCCCUGCCUCCUGCGGGCGGGACCACGUGAUGUGACGAAGGGCCUAGCGGGCAGCGAUGGGCGGGGCGGAGGGCGGGUACCAGGUGUCUGGCUGGAGGAAAAUGGACCAGCAUCCUUGGCCCUUAAUGGACAGGCGCCUGGCCCCAAGCCCCAGGUCCUCCAGGGGGAAUUCCUUUCUUCUUUUUCUACACGUUUUAUAGUCUGCCUCCCGAGGCUGGCCCUCUGGGAGAACAGACGCCGACAUCAAGCUCUUAGAGUCAAGACAGGGAUGGGUGCUCAGGAGCUUCUGGUAAUGUAGGCAGCGCCCUGGAAGCGCUCACUGGAUCAGUAGAUGGGUGAUUCGUUACCGGGCUCUUAUCUUCCCCAGGGCCAGCAGGAUUGGGAUGGCAAAGAGCCCAUAAAUCCUGACCAAUCCAGCUCUGGACUUUAAAAGAAAAGGGGUCACAAAAAGAUUUACUCCCUAUCCCAGCCUUUGUUUUCUGCCACGCAAGCCCCUCUGCCCAAAUAAACAUACGCACUCAUAGCUGGAGAAAGAAAACAGGUGAAAUAAGAAAUACAAACCGUUUCAUAUUAGAAUGAAGUGAAAUCAUGUGUGGGCAUGUGUUGAUAAAGAAUCUGCCUGCAAUGCAGGAGACUCCAAUUCCAUUCCUGGAGAAGGGAUAGGCUACCCACUCCAGUAUUCUUGGGCUUCCCUUGUGGCUCAGGUGAUAAAGCAUCUGCCCGCAAUG